UCUCUCUAUUUCUCCCCUCUUCCUGCUCUCUCUCUCUCUCGCAGUCGCUGCCGCAUCUCUGCUCUCCCAAUCGCCGCUCCCCUCCUUCCCUCUCAGCGCAGCAGGCCCGUGUGCAGGUGCGGGGGGCAGGGACGGACGGACGGGGGCCACCGCAGCUCCGCGCCGGCGCGGCCGCUCAACUCCGGCGCGGGGGUCAGGGCGGGCCCCCAUUGGCGCGGGGCGCCGCCGCUCCCGGAGGCCGGGCCUCCGCCGCGGCUCCCCCUCGGCGGUGCUCGAUCUGCUAGGUUUCGGUGGAGGGAUCGGGCCUGAGAGGAGGGUGAUUGCCAUCUCCAGCUCAUUUACAGUAAUUCGGGCCUACUCCCAUGUCCAAAUCGGGCAUGGGUCACGGAUGCAGCAACUAUCGGAAGGGGCGCAGCCUGCAGAUCUGAAAGCCACCUGGUUUCCUUUGCUCAGUUGACCUGAGUGAAUGGCAUUGCUUGCCGCUGUUUGACUGUCAUUACUUCCUGUUUGAUGUCUGUUCAAGAAAUCUAGCAUGAGGUGAUGUGCUCAGAGGACUUUUAGUUCUUGUUGCUGUUCUGUGUUGAAUAACCCGGAAGCUCGAAGGGAAGUGGAUCACAUUCCCACUCUGUUGUUGUUAACUUCUUGGUCUGGCUUGGAUAACCUCAACCUGGAGGCUGGAGGAGAUCAAAUCCAGUUCCUGCCCUGGUAACAAGGUGCUCCUAGGGGAGGGCAUCAUGACCUACUUCCCUGAGGAGGUGGUGGAGCACAUAUUCAGCUUCUUGCUGUCGCACAGUGACAGGAACACGGUCUCGCUCGUGUGCAAGGUUUGGUAUGAGGUUGAGAGGCUGAGCCGGCGAGCUGUGUUUGUGGGGAACUGUUACGCAGUGCGCCCUGAGCGCGUAGUGCUGCGGUUUCCCAAUGUAAGGGCACUGACGGUGAAGGGGAAGCCGCACUUUGCAGACUUCAACCUUGUGCCACCUGAUUGGGGUGGCUAUGCGCGGCCAUGGAUUGAGGCAGCGGCAAGGAGCUGUGUGGGGCUUGAGGAGCUACGGAUGAAGCGGAUGGUUGUGUCGGAUGAGAACCUUGAGCUGCUAGCUCGGUCAUUCCCAAGAUUCAAGGCCCUCGCCCUUAUCAGCUGCGAGGGGUUCAGCACCGAUGGGCUAGCUGCUAUUGCGAGUCACUGCAAGCUCCUGAGGGAGUUAGAUUUGCAGGAAAAUGACGUUGAGGACCAUGGGCCCAGGUGGCUCUCCUGCUUCCCUGAUUCCUGCACUUCGCUUGUGUCCUUGAAUUUUGCGUGCAUCAAAGGGGAGGUGAAUUCUGGCGCACUAGAGAGACUUGUUGCUAGGUCUCCGAACCUACGCAGUUUGAGGUUGAAUCGUGCUGUAUCAGUAGAUACACUCUCCAAGAUACUAGCGCGCACCCCAAAUUUGGAAGACUUGGGGACUGGUAAUUUGACAGACGAUUCUGAAUCCUACUCGAGGCUGACUAGGGCACUGGAGAAAUGCAAAAUGCUGAGGAGUUUGUCAGGAUUUUGGGAUGCUUCUCCUAUUUGUGUUCCUUUUAUCUAUCCCCUAUGCCAUCACCUAACAGGCCUAAACUUGAGCUAUACUCCCACACUGGAUUAUUCUGAUCUGACUAAAUUGCUCAGCCGCUGUGUGAAACUCCAGCGUCUUUGGGUACUGGAUUGCAUCUCUGAUAAGGGUUUGCAAGUGGUGGCCUCCAGUUGCAAAGAUCUACAAGAACUCAGGGUUUUCCCAUCAGAUUUUUAUGUUGCUGGUUUUUCUGCUGUGACAGAAGAGGGACUUGUUGCAAUAUCAUCAGGCUGCCCAAAACUGAGCUCUUUGCUGUAUUUCUGUCACCAGAUGACCAAUGACGCACUAAUUACCGUAGCCAAGAACUGCCCAAAUUUCAUAAGAUUUAGACUAUGUAUACUUGAGCCAAAGAAGCCAGAUGCCAUAACAAACCAGCCGUUAGAUGAAGGCUUCGGUGCAAUUGUUCGUGAGUGCAAGGGGCUAAGACGACUGUCAAUGUCAGGUCUUCUCACUGAUAAGGUUUUCAUGUAUAUUGGAAAGUAUGCAAAACACCUUGAGAUGCUUUCUAUAGCAUUUGCUGGAGAUAGUGAUAAGGGGAUGAUGCAUGUGAUGAACGGAUGCAAGAAUCUCAGGAAGCUUGAAAUUAGAGACAGUCCUUUUGGUGAUGUUGCACUCUUGGGGAAUGUUGCAAAGUAUGAGACAAUGCGAUCCCUUUGGAUGUCAUCAUGCAAUGUCACAUUAAAGGGGUGCCAAGUCCUUGCGUCGAAGAUGCCGAUGCUCAAUGUGGAGAUCAUGAAUGAACUAGAUGGAAGCAGUGAGAUGGAGGAAAACCAUGGUGACGACCUCUCUAGAGUGGAUAAGUUAUAUGUUUACCGCACAACUGCUGGAGCAAGGGAUGAUGCACCAAAUUUUGUUAAAAUCCUAUAGAGCUAGCUGCGAGUAGCCUGGUAUCUUCUCACCCUAAAAGAUGGUCGGUGGAAUCCGGCAUGCCCGGGGCCGCGGCAGCAGUGGUAAGUUCCUGAACCAAAUCCCCACCUUUGCAGGGUCAGGAAAAGCCACACUGGUGUGCGCCCUUUUCUUGGAGCACCAUGGCCGGGAUCCAUCAUCAUCAUCCUCUGUACCACCGCCCCUGCUCAACUUUCAGUGCCCGGUCGGAUGGCCACUGAGGCCCUUCAUCACAUAAAUCCUGUGCAUUGGAGAGGACCGGACCUGACCAACUUUUUUUGUUCACCUUUCGCACCCCCUGUAAUCUGUAGUGUACCAUUUGCUUCUGACAUUGGCACAGUGGAUUGUGUUGCCAGCCCUGCUGUAGCGUUUUGUUUCGUAGCCUUGAAUCAUCGGGACAUAGACAUUCCGGGGGCGACGAUUUGUUCUGUUUUCUCCUGUGAAUGCAGUGCGUGGAAUAAUUUGCGGUUUAUCUGCCUACAA